AUGAUGAGGCUUAUAUAUGAUUGUGAAUUUUGUUGGAUCUCAAAUGGUUGUUUAAAGGCGUUGAAAUACGAUCAAUCUGAAAAAGAAGAUCGUCUCGAGAAGGCUGAAUGGAGUAAAGAAGAGGGUAAUAAGCACUUCAGGUUUAAGAAAUACCGAUGGGCUAUUGAUUGUUAUACGAACGGGAUCAAAGAAAUGUCGAGUGAUCGCAAUAUAAAUUCAAUUCUAUUUGGUAAUCGAGCUGCGGCAAAUGUCCAUCUUGGUAAUUUGCGUUCAGCCGCACGUGACUGCGUAUUCGCUCGACGUUUUGACCCUACUAACUUGAAGGUUUCGGUUUUGUGCAAUCAAAAACACGCAUUACGGAAUUCAUUUACCGAUAAAUUUUGA